AUUUUGGGCUAGUUACUCUAUAUAUAUUAAAGAGGUGUUGUCGCAAUAUGAAGCUGAAGAUUUUAAUCCUCGUCACCCUGUGUAUCGCAUUUGGCAUCUUCGCAAUUAUGACAGAUACUGAAAUUCAUUCAAAACUUGUCCAAUCCGUACAACGCAUGCGUAGCUUCUCGGAGCAAUUAUCCCAUAGAGAGAAUAUUGACUGGUACACAGCACAUAUGACGGAAAUACAACUCGAGAGGCGGCAACGGCUACAAAAAGCUUGUAAUAACUUAGGGUAUCACUCCAGCAACAGUAGCGCCCUCACAGCUGAUCAACUGAGGAGAUUUAGUAAUCUUAUGGUCAUACCAAAACUCAAGGUUGUCUACUGCUAUGUGCCCAAGGUAGGAUGUACAAGUUGGAAAGCAUUACUGCUGAAUAUGAGUGGAUAUCUGCAGUAUCCACAGAACUCGCAUGACAAGGCCAGAGCAGUCUUCCCAUCUUUGUCUAAUUUUGACGUUGAAAAAGCGCGGGAAAUCACAGCUGGGUAUAAAUCUUUCAUGUUUGUUCGGAACCCAUUUACGAGGAUCUUAUCAGCGUAUCGGGAUAAGAUUACUCUAGAUAACGGCAAAACCUGGCGGAGACUACUCUUCAACUGGCUCUCUGUUGCAGAUCCACAUGAAGCGAAGUUAUACAACGAUGCUUCAAGGAAUUUCACUUUCAAUCAUUUUAUUCGAUUCUACCUCUCGUCGUCAGUCAAAAAUGAACACUGGCGAGAAAUUGAUAGGUUAUGUCUACCAUGCCAAGUAAACUAUGAUUUCAUAGGAAAGUUUGAUCAUCUUUACGAAGACUCUAGUUAUCUCAUCAGUAAACUCACCAACGAUUCCCAUGUCGAACUUCCACACAGGCAGAAGAAAACUAACAGUUCUGACGACACAACAUUACGCCAGUUUUAUUCUGGUGUUCCACCUGAUUUGCUACGACAAUUGGUGAUGGACGAGGGUGUGGUUAAAGAAAUGGCGCUGUUUGGUUUUCACCAACCAUCUGUUAUAACUGAACUACUUGACAAACAAACACGGGAAAAUUGUAACUGAUGGUACUUGCAGAAUAAAAGAACGGGGAUGUGCGACCUUUUCAUUAUGGUUUAUCCGCUGAAACCUUAGCCUCUUGUCGAGGCCCUGUCGGCUGCUUUCCGAGCGAACAUGGCAAAGCCAGGCCUAAUUCGCUUCGCGAAUAAGGGAAUCCCUCGCUUCGCUCGGGAAGCAGCCGCCAGGGCCUCGACAAGAGGCUACUGAAACCUACGCUACGGAAGGAAAGGUUCGUACGAACGCAUCGUUCGUUCGAACCUGUUCGAAAGAAUUCUAAAGUUCGGAGAGAUUUGUAGAUGGGGCGCAGAUUCUUACGGUUUGUAGAGACUUGUAGAUGGGGCACAAAUUCUUAGCCUUUUUAGGAACAACUUUGGGAGAACAACUUAAAACCUUCUAGAAAGGAAAUGAUGUUUUAGCUUAUACGACGGCCCUAGAAAUCGUUCGUUUUUCGUAUAAAUGCCUUGAGUAAUUCUUUCGUCAGAUUUAUGGCCAUCUUAUGAUUUCUGUUGUCGCACGUGCAACUAACGGUACUCUCAAGACGUUAAUAUGUUUUUAUAAUUCGUCUGGUUCUAAAAAAGACGCUGCCGUGCCACUUCCAAUGGACACCAUCUCUUAAUGAAGAGGAUGUUUCUGUAGCUCUCUCCCUCUAGCCCGGUCUUCCUUAUCAUCUCCCUCCUUUCCUUUCUUUUAUAGAUUUCCCUCUUGCUCCCAUAUUUCUGGAGAUGCUUCUUUGUCGAAUACCAUGGGCAGGGUAAUGAUUUGCACUUCGCGCGUUUGGCUAGUAUAUACCCCCUGAAAUGAUGCACAUAUUGUGUACCUAUACACUUUCAUACAAGUCCCUUUCGAUCAAAAAUCAAGAGUCGUCCGUCCGAGCGCCGUACGAAUCAUCGUUUUUAAGAACGAUAUAUAAGAGCCCUCUAUGAACAACCCAAGGCGUUAUUACGAUCAUCGUAAGAAUUGAGGACUUCUACAAUUUGUCUCUUGCCCCUACGAAACUAGCGAGGUUCUUCAUGAUAUUCAUACGACGUUCAUAUGGCGGUCUGGCGAAGAGAUGGUUUCGUUCGACGUUAAAAAAAAUCUUGGACAAGAUCAUCGACCAAGCAGCGACUUACGAACGGACUACGAACGGUCUGCGAAUGCUUCAUGCUUUCUACUGCCUUAUUGAGAAGAUCUUACGAAAUGGUAUAGAAAUUAGUGGGGUUCGUAGCAGUUCCUAAUCAAGUGAUCGAGGCUUCGGAGAACAUCAAAGUAUCAAGUGGAUAAGUUGAUUUCCAUUUAGCAUAUUAAAUGAGAACGAAACCUUUGAAACCAGUUGAUCUCAAAUAAACAGAUCAAUGAUAGUUUAAGAAAGAUUGAAUGAACAUGAAGAAAGUUUGUGCAUUUGAAUGUUGGGGUGGCCUGUACAAACAUCCCCCCCCCCCACUUUUUACGAAAGAAAUACAAAAAAAAUCACAAGAGAUAAUUGUUUUAUUUGUGAAAAUUCUUCCUAAAAUACCGCUUAACAAAUAAAACAAUAUUAUUGAAUCAUAAAAUGCAAAUAAAGAGCCAGUUCACC